GGACGUCAUCACGCUGGUCUCGCGCCUCGGCGUGUCAUUGUGCACCGUAUGGCUGUUCGGUGACGGUUUACUUGUGUUUAACAAUAAAUGAGUGUAUUUGAUCUGUUUCGUGGAUUUUUUGGGGUUCCAGGGGGUCGCAACCGUGGCGGUGACCAGAGGGAACCCUUCUUUGAAUGGUUGACUCAUGAAGACGAUGAUGAUGAUGAUGAUGAAGUGGAGGAUGGAUUUCAUCACGAAUACUUUGAUGAUGGGCUCAGGUUCGAUUUCAGUUUUGGGCCAAACAGAAUGCGCAUCCAGCAGCCACAGCUAUUUGAGCAAAUAUUCCAGGAAAUGGAGGACAUGUUUGCCAGUUUAGGCUCCUUCAGACAUGAUUUGCCCAGUGUUGAGGCUCCACCUCAGAGGAGACCAGCAGAUGAAGGAAGCAGGAGAGCAGGAAGACGUGAGAACUCUCUCAGAGACUUUAUGUUAAAGCACCCAGAUGAUUAUGCCCAUAACUCUCAUUCUGUAGCACCAAGAGAUGUGUGUCCUUCAUCCCCUGGUGGCCCAAGUGCACCUAGGAGCCCGUUUCAUCACUGGACGCCAUUUUCCAGGUUUCGGGAUGUUUGGAGUGAUGGAACAAGACCAAAGGAGGAAGAAAAGAAAGUGGAUGGAGAUCUAGACUCUCAGGUGUCUUCAGGGGGACUGGAACACAUCUUAACCCCAGCUCCCUCCCAGCCAAACACACGAUCCUCCUUUAAGUCUGUAACAGUUAUGAAAGUGGUUAAGCCUGAUGGGACAGUAGAAGAGAGACGUACAGUGAGGGAUGGCCUGGGUAAUGAGGAGACUACAGUGAUUCGCUCAGGCCCUGGUGCUCAAGAAGGUCCACAUGAUGAUGCUUCUCCUUCAGCAGGUGCUCCAGAGCCUUUCUCUGACAUGCAAGAUGACUUCUCCAUCUUCUCCAAGUUCUUUGGUGGCUUCAGAAGAUGAACAGAGAUACAGGUGAACAGAAGAUGAACAGAUACAGUUCCGAGGAUGAGACACAGAAAUAAAAGCAGUGACAUUAAGUUACAUGUUUUUUUCUUAAGAACAGCUGAAUAAAUGAAUUAACACAUAAAGUAAUGGGCACUCCUC